UCACUGACAUCCCCAAAGAGGGAGAGUGUCCACAAUCAAUAGGGAAGAGCAGGACCCUGGUAGAUUUAUGGCUUUGAUUUUGAAAAAGGGAUGGGAAUGCCCUGUGAUGCUCCCCCUCCACCCCUGCACUCCUUCUGAAUGUUAAUGCUUUCUUGGGGAUGAUUUCAGACACACUGCUAGGAUACUGCCUCUACUCACUGAAGCAGAAUCCUCGGAGGAGUUGCUGAGGCAGAACUGAAAUCAUGGCUCGCCUCCGAGGAGCAGCCGUGGUGGCCGCUAAUGAUGCCUCACUCAAAAAGACGAUGCUCCUUUAACUCGAGGCUUUGAAUGGGAAGUUUCUAAGCCUGAAACAACCGCGUUAGAUCUGGGGUGUGCCGCCAGCUGCGUGCGGCUCCCACUGUCUCCUGCUUUCACACAGCCGGGUCGGGGAGAAUGGACACCAAAGAAGCUUGUAACUACCUGUAACUGUUCCACCAGGAAAUGGACCGAGUGUUUGUUCAGCCAGACUCAGAGAACUCAGCCUCUCCCAGGUGCAAACACCAUGCUCUCAGCAGACUGACGAUGGAAGGAGAGGACGCUGGGCGAUCCUGCACUCGGGUUUCCCUGGACCAUGGAUGGAGGGCAGCCUGCCCCUUCGCCCCCAGUGUCCUUUGGGAACACGUUGUCAGAUGCUAGCAUGUCUCUGGAGCAGAAAACCACAUUUGCUUUUGUGAUUCUGCUAUUUAUUUUCUUGGGCGUCCUCAUCGUCAGGUGCUUCCGGAUUCUUUUGGACCCGUAUCGGAGCAUGCCAACCUCGACCUGGGCUGACGGACUAGAAGGCCUGGAGAAAGGGCAGUUUGACCAUGCCCUGGCUUAGCAGGGCGGGAGCAGGACCCCCUACGGAGGAGGAGAACUGCUUCGUGUCUUGGCAAGAAACUCUCUAUCGUCAAUGUUCUCAGCAAAUAAUCAAGUUUUAGUGACAUCUGGUCUUAAGACCACAGCUCAGUCAACAUGCUGUUGGGUUAAGAUAUUUGAGCAUAUUGGAAAUGGAGACUUAUAUUACUAACCCAAAAUACAAAGGUUUCAAUUUCUGUGUUUACUCCCUGAAUGAAUGUUGAAAAAUGUGGGAUGAUGAAACCAAGAGCAUCGAUGCCGACAUGAACUUUGCCAUAAAAUGAAGCACUAUCUGACCUGAUUAGAGACUAAAGACUAGGAAAGGUCGGACCUGAAUCUGGUGACAGGGCCAAGAAGAGAGAGACUUCCUUGCUUUAAUCAUGCCCCUCACAUUAUUUUAUUUUCAUGGACAUCUGGGUCCCAGGCAGAGAGUGAGGAAGAUUAUGCUGAGUGGACCAAAGGCAGGUACUUGUUUUUGCCUAAAGCAAGGAGUAUGGGCAAGCCAUGGGAGGGCUGAGAAGACCUGGUUCCAUCCUGAGAAAAUAUUGAGGAUGAUAUUUUAUUUUUAAAAUAAAACUGAGUUCAAAGGCUUAUAGAGGUUUAAAACUAUUUACCAGGCCAGGUACAUUCUAUAUAUUCAUAUAAAUAGCAAGUAUAGAGGUAGCUAUACAUAACCUGAAUUUACUUUCUUUAUACAAACAACUGAAAUAAUAAGCUAGAAGGGAAGCUUCAAGUUGUAUUAUUGUGUUUUGUUUUUUUUAAUGUGUGUGUGUGCUUUUUUUAAAUAAAAAGUUAAGUGUUUAGAGGAGGAGACUUUUACAGUCUCAAGAGAACUGUGUGUUUAUGACUGAAUAUAGAAACCAAAUAAAACUCUUCAAGGCACA